GUACAAAUGCACACCCCACACACACAUUCACGCUCGUGACCUGCAUCAAAAUCUCAUCUCUGUACUACUCUUUUCUCUCUCUACAACUCUUGUCAAUCUCUCUCUCUAGAGCUUAGCUUAGCUUACCCUCUCUCAUGGCUCCAACUGCAGAGGUUGCGGCGGCGCCGGUGCAGGAGCAGGAGAAAUGCAACGGCGGCGGCGGAGGCGGGUUUAGGGGUGCGGCGGUGAGGUGCCACCCGGCGCUGUCGACGGAGAAGAAGGCGUCGAUCAGGGGCGUCGUCGGGGAGCUGCUCGGUGCUGCGGCGGCGGCGGCCGGCGCCGGCGAGGAGAGGAGGAGGAGCCUCAUCUCGCUCGGCGUCGGCGACGCGUCCUCGCACGCCUGCUUCAGGCGCGGCGGCGAGUUCGCGGCCGACGCCGUCGCCGACGCGGCCAGGUCCGGGGUGUUCGACUGCUACGCGCCGUCGUGCGGCUUCCCGGCCGCUCGCCGCGCCGUCGCCGACCACCUGUCCGCCGGCGCGCGCCACCGCACCCGCGACGCCGACGUGUUCAUGACGGCCGGCGGCACGGGCGCGAUCACCGCGAUCGCGACGGUGCUCGGCGGCGCGCCGGGGGCGAACGUCCUGCUGCCGCGGCCGGGCUUCGCGCCGUACGAGGCGGCCUGUGAGCUCGCCGGCGCCGAGCCGCGGUUCUACGACCUCCUGCCGCGGCGGGGCUGGGAGGCCGACCUCGCCGGCGUUCGCGCCAUGGCCGACGGCGCGACGGCGGCCAUCGUCGUCAUCAACCCCAACAAUCCCUGCGGCGCGGUGUACUCUGCACAGCACCUUUUUCAGAUUGCUGAAACAGCGAGAGAAUUGGGGAUCCCAAUCAUAGCAGAUGAGGUGUAUGCACAUAUGGUGUUUGGUGGGAGCAAGUUUGUGCCAAUGGCUACCUUUGCACAUAUCACACCAGUAAUCACCAUUGGAGCACUAUCAAAGAAAUUCAUGCUGCCAGGAUGGCGACUUGGUUGGUUGGCCUUCUGUGACCCCAAUGGUGCACUCAAGCAUGUCAGAAAUGCAACAGAAAUGCUACUGAAUGUGACUUCAGGCCCUGCCUCCAUAGUUCAGGCUGCAGUUCCUAAGAUUCUCUCAAACGAACACAAUGAAUUCCAUCGAAACGUUGUGAACUUGCUUGAGUCUGCAGCUGAUGCUCUCUACAGAAGAGUGAACCAGAUUGAAGCUCUGCAGUGCUACUCAAAACCUCAUGGCUCCAUGUUCAUGAUGGUUGAAGUCAACACUUCACUUCUGUUCGGUGUUGAAGAUGACAUGGACUUCGCUCGUGAAUUGAUUAAAGAAGAAUCUGUCCUAGUUUUACCUGGUUCUGUAAUUGGGUUAAAGAACUGGAUUAGGAUAUUCUUUGGGGCACCUACUAGUGUGAUACUUGAAGCCUGUGAUAGGAUUGAAGCAUUCUGCCAAAAAAGAGCAGUUCAAGUAAAGCUACUGAAAAAGAAGUUCUGAAGCCAACAAAUAAGAUUUUUCUUUUCUGGCCGGCUCAUAAUAAUAUGUAUAGAGCCUUUUAUGUCAAUUUUAUAGGAUCUUCUUUUAUCUUUUUGACACACGCGAUCUGAGAAUUGUAUGUAGAAUAAUUAGCGCAGAUGCUUGCCUGUACUGUAUAUAGCUGAUAUAUAUUUUCAUAAUAAAAUGAUUGCCUAUGAUUGAAUAAAGCUAUGGCAUUAGUCUAAAA